AUGCGAACCUCAGCAGAGCAAUUCCGAAUUGGGGUGAGGCCUAGUGAUACUCCAGGAAUGGGGACCGAAGGUCGAGUACGUGGUCUAGGCGACGUAGACGAUGUGAUUGUGGUAAAAUUCCUCGGUGUCAACGGACUCGAAGAAAUUCUGCAAGGAAGAGAAGAAGAGGAGGGGAAGGAGGGGAAAGCAGAGGAGGGGCGGAGAGCAAUUUGUCUACCGCGGAUUAUGGCAACGCCAGCGUGUCUUGACGCCGCAAUGGAUCUUCUCCCCCACAUCGGCGACUUUUUAGCGACGGCUAGUGUCGGGAAAGGUUACAGAAUACACAAUUUGAGAUUUCAAGGCGACACAACCGGCCAGUUUGUAGUGUGCAUUCCUGGUACAGACGAGCAAAUCGAGAAGGUGCCUUUCGCAGACGGAGCUCCGGCGGAGCUUAGACCCUGCGCGGCUAUUACGUGCCGAGCCUCUGGGGCCGUCUUCUUCGACCGCAUUCCUCUUUGA